GCCUGUCGAGGUUAGGUUUUAUGAGUGGUUUAGUGAAGGGCGUUCUUUCCCGGAGUUCACUCUUUUGGGAUUACGGGGCAUCCGAAUAAUUCCACCUCAUCUAACUUUGCUACAUCACUGAGACUAGCUCGCGGCAGUGAGGCAACCAGGACUAGAGCUCACGAAGGCACACUACACGCUACACGCGUACGCACCUCACGUUUUAGCAAACCGACCAGACCAACAGGACCUAUAGCGGAGUGAAAAUUUAACACCUCGAUACUAAUUUCUGCUCGACUUAAUCUAUUCCAAUACCGAGUUGUAUUCGCGGUCAUGGCAUCAUACAACGCCUACCGCACCAGGAUGCAAGCAUCUAGAGAAGCCGGCCACAGCUCUCGCUGGAACUUCUUUUCUCACGGCCAUACCAAGACCGAAUCACCCCCGCGGACAUGGCAGGCCAGCAACGAGCUCGAAGGCCAACCUCUUACGCCCACCGCCACUUCACAUCCCCCGACCACAUCCGGAAGCGAAGGAAAAGAAACAGCAGCCGCCCAUCCGGAACAUCACCCACCCAGUACGGAAACUGAAGCACUAGGCGCUGAGACACGGCACGCUACCAUCACCCAAGGUGUUCUCCGCCGGCGAACCUCGAACAGGGACCGAUCGUCAGACGCUACUGCGGAACAUGUACAGCAGAGCGAGAAGCCAAAGAAGCAGAGUACUUUCUUCAAGCACCUCACGCCAAAGGAGCCGUUUACCGUCAGGAACCAGAUCCAGCGGACCCUGUUCGGCUCAUGGAUCAACAUCUUACUGCUCGCCGCGCCGGUGGGCAUUGCCAUCAACUACAUCCACUCGGUCGACCGGAUCGCUGUGUUUGUCGUCAACUUUAUAGCUAUCGUACCUUUGGCCGCUCUGCUUGGCUUUGCCACCGAGGAGAUUGCGCUACGGACGGGCGAAACGCUGGGCGGACUGCUUAACGCGACAUUUGGCAAUGCCGUCGAACUGAUCGUGGCCAUCAUCGCCCUAGCGCACAACGAAGUCGUCAUCGUACAGACCUCUCUCAUCGGCAGUAUCCUCUCCAACCUGCUCCUCGUAAUGGGCAUGUGCUUCUUCUUUGGCGGUCUGCGCCGCCAGGAGCAGCAUUUCAACACCACCGUUGCCCAGACAGCUGCCAGCCUCCUUGCGCUGGCCGUCGCCGGCGUCAUUGUCCCGACCGUAUUCGACAUGGCCAGCAAGACCCCCCAGUCCGACGUCGCCAAGCUCUCCCGCGGCACCUCUGUCAUCCUCCUGAUCGUCUACGGUGCCUACCUCCUCUUCCAGCUCAAAACUCACUCCGCCGUCUUUGCCGUGGAGUCGCAAAAAGUCGAGGCCAAACCUUUCAGGCGCCCAAGCCUCAAAGAAGGCGCCAUCGCCCAGGGCUUCGUCGUACCAGCCGGCAUGAUUGGCGGUCAUGGUCUGCCUUCAAGCAGCACCGAUAACGAGAAGAUGCGUAGCCUGCUCACCAACCCACCGCGCAAGAACCUCCAGAACGACAGCGGAAACGACGAAGACGAGGGCGAGGAGCCCCAGCUGCACUUUUACGUCGCCGUCGCCACCCUCGCGCUCUCCACGGUCAUCAUCGCCUUCUGCGCCGAGUUCAUGGUCGAUGGCAUCAGCGCCAUCACUGCCGAUGGCACCGUCUCGGCCGAGUUCGUUGGCCUGAUCCUGCUGCCCAUCGUCGGGAAUGCCGCCGAGCACGCCACCGCCGUGACCGUUGCCAUCAAGGACAAGAUGGACCUAGCCAUCGGCGUCGCCGUCGGCUCCAGCAUGCAGGUCGCCCUCUUCCUCAUCCCCCUGCUUGUUAUCAUCGGCUGGGGCUUGGGCAUGGACGAGAUGGCCCUGAGCUUCGACCCCUUCCAGGUCGCCGUGUUGUUUGUCGCCGUCCUACUCGUCAACUACCUGAUUGCCGACGGCAAGAGUCACUGGUUGGAGGGUAUGCUGCUGAUUUGCCUGUAUUGUAUCAUUGCCGUUUGUGCGUGGUGGUAUCCUGUGAAGGACCCCCACAUGGGCGGGGAGGUCUAAGGAGCGUGGACAC